CUUAGGGAAAUAUCUAACUGAAGAUUUCCUCAAUAACGUACUGGAAUGGACUUUGUAUAUCUGCACAUUUGUGUUUCUUUUACCGGUAAACGAUACCAAAAGCAAAUCUCAAAUCGAGGCUGGAGCAAUUGCCAUCUUCAUUGCUUGGAUCAAUUUUAUAUGGUUUUUGAGACGGCUGCCAAAGUUUGGUAUUUACGUCAUUUUGACCCAGAAUGUAUUCUUCUCACUAUUGAAGGUAAAUCUUGACGGGAUAUUUAAGAUAGAUAAGAUGUAUACAAAAUGGAAUGAAAUGGACAUAUAUUAUUUCAACAUUUUCUUUAAAUGUCGACGUCAUUAAUUUAAUUGAAAGUUAUUCAGAUUGUUUUGCAAAAAUUUGCUGAACUUAUGCACUAGUCAAUUGAAACCCGGGCUCCUCGACCCCCGGGACAGGGCAGGGAAUUAACGGGCGAUUAAUGGCCGUGGAUUAACGCUGUCUUAAUGCACCAUUUUUCCCGGGGUACAGGGUAAAUAACAAGUCAAUUUAUUAGCCGGGACUUUAACGCGCGGGUGAUAUGAAAGUGGGCUGGAACGAGUUUAUCCUUGUGGCAACAUGGCGAAAUCGUCGAAAUCAGAGAAUUGUUUCCUCAUAGUUUUUCUUAAAAAAAGGAAUAUAUUUUCACUUUUUAUAUAUUCCUGAUGAUGACUGGAAGAUACUCGAAACGUAUAGGUUAUUCAGCAUCUUAAUUUUGGUGCGGAUCAAAGUUUAAGAUCAACAAUUGCCUUCACAUGUUGUGAACAUUUUAUACUUCAACGAUUUCCCAAUUUCCCAAGUCGUGAAUAUUUGCAAAGUGCCAGGGCCAUAAGGGCGGUAACUUUAACAGUCAAUAUUCCCCCGGUAGCGGGGAAAUUACCAAAAUUUAACAUUGUCAAAAUGUUAAUUUCCCCGUCCUAUCCCGGGGGUCGAGGGGCCGGGUUUCAAUUGACUAGUGUAUUAACUCCUGAGCGACAGGCCCUGUGAAAAGUUGGUCGAUAGUGGAAUACUAUUUUGCAUAUUAAUUCAUAUCUUCGGUUCAGUAAAUGCUAUGUACACAGCCAGAAACGACACAGACUUGCUGCAAGUUGCGGAUUUUACCGGCCUGCUGCAAGUUGUCAACAAGUUGCAGCAGGCUUGUUGACGUCAUCAACUUGCAGAAAGCCUGUUGAAAUCAGGCUUGCUACAAGUUGACUUUUGCAGACUUGAUUUAAGUUGAUGAAACAAGUUCCAUCAAGUCUGCAAAUAUCAACUUGCAGCAAGCCUGAUAGAACAACUUGCAGCAAGUCUGAUGAACGCAUCAAUGCUGAUGCAAGUUGAGAACAUUAGGCUUGCUGCAAGUUGUCAUUUGCAGACUUGAUGCAAGUUGUUUCAUCAACUUGCAUCAAGUCUGUUGAUACCAACUUUUGACAAGUCUGAUGGAACAACUUGCAUCAAGUCUGAUGAGUGAUGAACGCAUCAAUGUUGCUGCAAGUUGUUAUCCGCAUGCAGGCUUGCUGAAAGUUGUUCAAACAAUAUGCGGGAAGUUUGUGUUAGUCUGCAAGUUAGUCUUGACAAGUCUGAUAAAACAACUUGCAGCAAGUCUGUUAAAAUCGAUCAGGCUUGUUGCAACUUGACAUUUGCUGACUGGCUGCAAGUUGAUAACAAAGUCAUUUGACUUGUUCACAGCUUACAGACUUUGUUUAUUGUUUGGCUAAUUCGGCCGUGAAAGCAGUUUCCUCAAUUAUUUUAUCGCCCUAUACAUGAAUAUUUAACAAUGGAGAUGUUUGUAUUUUAAAUCAAAAGGAUUAUUUUGCCAUAUUUAGCCUUCAAUAAAGCUAUUUUUGAUGAAUAAAAUUAGAUGAGUUGAAAUGGACAGCUGUAGGAAAAUUCUCGCAAGUCGCAAAUGAAAUAAUUAAAAAUUUUCCAAAAAAUGAAAAUUUAGGAACAACUUGCUGACAUGUGCUAUCGCUAUAUUUCUUUAAUCUGAUUGGAUAAAGGCGUAUCCACACGUCAUCAUUCCUCGUUGCAAGUGGACGAAAUAUUACAAACAUAUCAAUCACGUAAUCAUGUUCAGUCGUUUUUGUCUUUUACUUUUUGAGUCAAAGUGUCAAACAAAAUUUCAACGUACAAGUAAACAACUGCGAAGUGCGAAAAAAUCAAACACGUUCACAAGGAAGCGAAUAUCAUAUAUCGAUAGCACUUAAAGACCUUUAAUUUUGAGAAUUGUUUACGAUAAGAACCUUUCUUUGUCGUAUUUUUUCUGCUGUUUUGCUCAAAAAUUAUCACGCAAGUUGGUUAUAUAAAAGUGUUGUUAUUUUACGAAACACUACAACCGAAAUAUGGCAACCUGUUUGGCCGUUUUUUGUUCAAAUUGGUGCAUACACGAAGCCUCACAAGGCGUUUUCCUCACUCAGCCUUUUGAUAACUUGCAUCAAGUCUGUGGAUGACAACUUGCAUCAAGUCUGCAGUUAAACAACUUGCAUCAAGUCUGCAGUUCACAACUUGCAUCAAGUCUGCAGUUCACAACUUGCAUCAAGCCUGCAGUUGACAACUUGCAGCAAGUCUGUGGACGACAACUUGCAGCAAGUCUGUUGACAACUUGCAACAUGCAGACUUGAUAUUAUCAAGCUGGAGCAUGCGAUGCGAACGCAUCUGAUAUCGGCUUGAUGAUCAGCAGACCUGCCGCAACUUGCGCGUUUCUGGCUGUGUAGAUGAAAAUACCACCAUGACAAACAUUAUAGCGAUUUAUGACAUUUGAAGGGUCAGGAAAAAUCAUAUUUGAACAAAUUACAUAUUUGUUCGAAAAGUGUAAACAAUGUAUCACUAAAGCCAUACUUUCGCCGAACACAAAUUCCGCCCCUUCGGACUUAUCUUUUUUGUUGUAGUCUUGUUCGAUUCACAAUCAAAAACACUAUUUACAGUGUUAUUUUCAAGCUUGUAGGCUCAGUUUUUCAUCUUCUAUUUGGGUGUUUCAAUUUGUUGCGAUAUUAGUGAAGUCAGCGGGUAUUUUUUGACCGGAAAUACGAAUUAGAUUUGCCAAAACAUCGCGCGUUUACAGUACAAAAUCUUAAGCUCUGUGACAAAGGCCAUGCUUGAAUGUUUUAUUUAACUAUUUUGGUCUUUCAUUAGACCCUACCUGUUGUAGUACUUUUUGUGGUCGCCUUCGCGAUGACGUUCCUGUUGUUGAGGAGCAAAGAUUAUGCAUUCAGCACAAUACCGUGGUCUGCUCUCACCACCUUGAUCAUGAUGGGCGGAGAAAUCGACUAUCGUGACGUUUUCCUUGACAAUAAAUCAUCAGUUUAUAUUAUCCAAUGUGUUUUCCUCGUGCUGUUCUUUCUCGUUAUGAGUAUUGUCGUUAUGAACGUAUUUGUGGGUCUGGCAGUGGGUGAUACCGGCGAAAUGAUGAACAGAAUCAAAGCUGAAAGUCGUCGGUCUAAAGUAAGUGUGAAAAUAACAAACAUUUCAAUUUUUAUACAUGCCCAUUAUAGCAGCGAUAUGAUGAUUUGCGCCGAAAAGAGAGCUAACUUUGUUUAUCUAUCUAUCUAUCUAUCUAUCUAUCUAUCUAUCUAUCUAUCUAUCUAUCUAUUUAUCUAUCUAUCUAUAUCUAUCUAUAUCUAUCUAUCUAUCUAAUAUCCAUCUAUCUAUCUAUCUAUCUAUCUAUCUAUCUAUCUAUCUAUCUAUCUAUCUAUCUAUCUAUCUAUCUAUUUAUGUAAUUUAUUUAUUUAUUUCUAUAGGCAAUCAUGGGAUGGCGAGUACAAUUAGGGAUUAAUUGUACGAGUGAUGUUUGGAAAUUUUGCCAAAAAUUGGACGAGCCGCCGGGACGAGUCUAAUUUGGCAAAUUUCCAAACAUCACGAGUACUAUUAAUCACUAAUUGUACGAGCAACAUCGCAUGAUUACUUGUUUAUUAUUAGCAGAUGACAAAUAAUAAUUAUAAUAUUAAUAAUAAUAAUAAUAAUAAUAAUAAUGGAAACUUUAUUGAAAUUAUAUACGUAUAUAUACAAUUAUAAAUCUCACUAAUUUAGGUAAUUUAUAAUUGACUACUUGAACCUACUUAAUAUUUAUAUAAUAUUAAUAAUGAGUAUCCUUAAAUGUUCAGUAAUUCCGGAUUUAACCAGUCCUUAUCUCUGCAACAAAAUAUAUAAUAUGUUGUCCUAAUCGCGAUAGACAUAAUUUUCCUGAUAGCGAAAUAUUGGUGUCUUUUAUCAAGACCUAGAUCAGUUAACAUAUCUAAAAAGGAAUGACAUUCUUUUGAGAAAACACCUAAAGAACUAAUGGACAAAUUUACAAAUUUUACGGACUUAAAUUGUUUCUUUUGCUGUGUAAUGAGAUCUUCGUAUCUUCUUCUUUUCCGAUCAACAUUUGUUUGUAGAUUAGACUCAUAGCCAACAGAAAGUUCAAGGAUAUAGAGACAAUCCGAGUUGAUAAAUAG